AAGCUCCAUUCAUUACAUAUUUACAUAAUAUAUUUUGGCUUCUUAGCUUAUAACUAGCUCAAAGUUUGGUGUGUUAGCUCAUCUUCCUUCUCUUGCUUUGUGUUUUCUUCACAUAACAUAAACAAUACAUGUUUUUCUUCUCUCACUUUGCAUGCACACAAACACAACAAUGGAACCAUCAUUCAAGUCCAUCACAUGCACUAGAAAAGGUUCGUAUAAAUUAGAAACCAGAAACUUAUCAUACAAAUUGUGCAGCAAAUUUGAUGAAUUUAGAACUCUUUGUUUCGGUUUGAAUCCUACGAGAGGUUCGAAGUUUAUUUUGAAGGAUGUUAACUGUGAAGCAAGGCCGGCGGAGAUUACUGCUAUUGCUGGUCCUAGUGGAGCUGGAAAAACUACACUGCUUGAGAUUCUUGCUGGGAGAAUACCCUCGUGUAAAGUUUCUGGACAAGUACUUGUCAAUCACAUGCCUAUGGAUGUGAACAGAUUCAGACGAGAAUCCGGGCACGUCGCGCAAGAAGAUGCUUUGUUUCCGUUGCUUACGGUUAGGGAGACGCUCAUGUAUAGUGCUUUGUUGAGGCUUCCCGGCGGGCGAAAAGUGGCUGCAACGAGAGUUGCAGAGUUGAUGAAGGAGCUCGGGUUGGAUCCUAUUGCAGAUUCAAGAAUCGGCAAUGGAUCAGACCAUGGUAUAUCGGGCGGGGAAAGGCGUAGAGUUUCCAUUGGUGUCGACUUAGUUCACGACCCUGCAAUUAUUUUGAUUGAUGAACCAACUUCAGGUUUGGAUUCAGCAUCAGCUCUUAAUGUAAUCUCGAUGCUUAGACUAAUGGCGUUUAAUCAAGGCAAGACAGUUGUUUUAACUAUCCACCAACCCGGUUUUCGAAUCUUAGAGCAACUUGAUAGCCUCAUUUUGCUAUCUGAUGGAUUUGUCACACAUAGUGGUUCACUGAAUCUUCUCGAGGCAAGGCUCAGUUUAUCCGGUCAUCGCAUUCCUCACCAUGUCAAUGUCCUAGAAUUUGUUCUUGAUGUCAUGCAAACCUUGGUUAUACGUACUUCAGAAUCCGGCCGGAACAAUCAAUUUCUUCUCAAUGAUGAAAAGGAGAACCAAGAUCACAAGAUGAGAUUGCAGUGCUCUAUGAUUGUCAAAGAAAAGGCUAUGCUGUACUCAAAUUCUCCAAUGGAGGAGAUUUUAAUCCUAGGUCAAAGAUUUUGCAGCAACAUUUUCAGAACCAAGCAACUCUUUGUUACAAGGGUCAUACAAGCCUUAGUAGCUGGAUUUGUAUUGGGGACCAUAUUCUUGAACGUUAGCAACAAACAAACUAAAAUAGCAUUACAAACGCGAAGCGGCUUCUUCGCUUUCAGCCUUACCUUUUUGUUAUCAUCAACAACAGAAGGUCUGCCUAUUUUCUUAGAGGAGAGAACAACAUUCAUGAGAGAGACCUCAAGAGGAGCUUAUCGUGUUUCUUCAUAUGUUUUAGCAAAUACACUUGUGUUUCUUCCUUUUCUUCUAAUGGUUGGUCUUCUGUACACAACUCCUGUUUAUUGGCUGGUAGGAUUAAGAAAAGACAUCGACGGUUUCCUUUACUUCUCCUUAGUGGUUUGGUUGGUCCUAUUAAUGUCGAAUUCUCUAGUAGCUUGUUUCAGCGCCCUAGUCCCGAAUUUCAUUCUCGGAAGCUCGUUAAUUGCUGGUCUAAUGGGGUCUUUCUUUCUAUUCUCAGGCUAUUUCAUAUCAAAGGAAAAAAUACCUAGUUACUGGAUUUUUAUGCACUAUAUAAGUCUAUUCAAGUAUCCAUUUGAGUGCCUUAUGAUAAAUGAGUAUGGAGGCGAGCAAGGGAAAAAGAGAUGCAUAGAAGUUAACAACAAUGGGGAAUGCAUAUUAUAUGGAGUUGAGUUCUUAAGUCAACAAGGUCUGAAAGAGUCACAGAAAUGGUCCAAUUUGGGUUUAAUGUUAAGCUUCAUAAUAGGGUAUAGAGUGCUUAACUUUAUAAUUCUUUGGCUUAGAUGUUACAGAAGCAGAAAAUAAAUCAGCUACGUAUUUUAAUUUAAUUUUUAUUCAUCUAUGAUAAUGCAUAAUUCUUGUUUACAAGCAGAGAAAAUACUAUUAUUGAUUUAUACAAAAAAAUAUUGACAUUGU